UAGUAUGCAUAAUUCCAUACAUUUUUUUGGAAGCAAUUCUAAGUUUUCUAGCAGGUAAUCCUACCAACACUUACCUAAUGAUAUUUCUUAAAUUUAUGUUUCAGUACUCCUAUCGGAUUAACACUCCGAAUAUACAUAAUAACAAUGUGUUGUGCUAUAAUAGGUAUAUCAGAAACAGGGAAAACAGUCAUCCUUGCAGGAUAAACCUCAGUUAUGACUCAAAUGUGCUCUGCGUGACCUGUUACACAACAAGUAACAAAAUAAGCUAAUAUAUAUUAUAAGUUAUACAUUUCACUGUCAUAUAAUGUAUAAGAUAGUGUUUUUAUUGGUUUUCUCGGUGAAAGUGCUUGCAGCAUCUCAAUCAGCACUAAUUGUAUAUGCUGAUAUAAACUUUAUAACCAAUGGAGGUUCAAGUACACUUCAAUGUGAUAUUACACCCCCCGGAAUUAUACAAGUGUCAGAAGGCCAGGAAAUAAAGUUUUAUGCUAAAACACCUACAGAGGUACACGACUUUGGGUGUACAAAUGACGACGGUACACCAGUAGUAUUUCCGAGCAUAAAAUAUGAACGCAAAGAUGGAACCAAACGAUUAUGGAGUUUAAAUAAAUCAAUACGGUAUUCUCAAGCUGAAAUCGGCAAAUACUGCUUGUGUUUUUACAAAAUAAAGGAACCGUAUGAAACGAAAGUUAUUGCACAGAAAGACUCUGAAAAUCACAUCCAUGGCAAUUUCAAAUUGCAGUUCCAAAUGAUUGAAACACCUACUGUUUCCCUGAAGAUUGAGCAGUUAAAUAAUAAUUAUAUGGAAAAUCUGAUUCAAGGAUCGAAAAAAUACAAUUAUACAUAUACAUACGAGGAAGAGAAACAAUUUGACUGUGUGCUGAAUAAUCCCACAGAGAAUAAGGAAAAAUACAAAAUAUCUUAUUAUCUAGAUGGAAAACUGAAAAAUACUACCACAGUGACAGUAAAUGCCCACACAAAAGAGUCAUUAAAAUACACUUUCAAGCUUACGAAGGCUAACCAAACUAUUGUAUGUUCUGCGGUAGAUAUGGGUAAACGAAAGGGCACCAAAAACCCGAAAAUCGAAAUAAAUCUACAUUACAUACCACCGCCAUCUGUGUUUCCUGUUAUCCGAAAACCAAAAGUGACUCCAGGGAAGUAUUUCCCUGAGAAUUAUACACAAAUAUACUAUUACAAUGUUACCGAUGAAGAAGACGCUAAAUUCGAAUGUGCUUUGAGUGAAUCAGAAGGAUACAAAUCGAAUAUCAAAAUGAUUUUAUAUUCUGAAAAGGAAUCGAAUGGCUAUGAACAAGCGAAUCUCGUCAGUAAAUCUUUCAAGCUCAAAGGGAUUAAUAAAAUAAAUUGUAUAGCUUGGGACAUGAAAACUCAACAACACUUUUAUAAUAUAGUAAAUCUCAACCAUAAUCCUGCAUCAAUUGACACACCUGAACUAACUAUGACAGGGCAACACGGAGGGAAGUAUUUCUCGGCAAACUCAAAACAAAUGUACAAUUAUACAUUUUCCGAUAGAGAAAAGGUUAAAAUCAGCUGUAACAUAGGAAAAGCGGACAAGUAUCACCUAAUUUUUUACUUUGAUGGAAUAGAAGUUAAGAGAAGUGAAACAGAAGUGACGUUCAUCGAAAACAUGUUUUAUCUUGAGAAGGACAGUAAAAAUAUAAGUUGCGUGGCAUUGGACGCGGCAAGUCAACGCCCUCUUGUAUCUACAUUGGUACAACUACAGUACAGCCCGCCUGAACAUUAUGACUCAAGUACUAAAGUAGACCUAAGCAUUACUGGAUUACCUGACUCCAUGUGUAAAACAGAUAGCUCUGGAAAAAGCAUAGACAAAAUAUGCACUUACACAUUUAACGAACCGGAACUCAUUGGAACGACAAAACGAUUAGACUGCACCUUGAACGGAGGUAGUUAUGACUACAAAAUCACUUUCGGAGGUGAAGAAAAAACAGGUAUUAUUUAAGAAUAUCUUCAUCAUAUCUUCAACACUUUUAGGUAUUACGAGGGCUGCUAUUUAUAUAUCCGGAAACCGGGAUUACAAUCUUCUUAAAUAGUAUAUUUGACCUCCAUGGUAAAAUUUGAACUUUUCUAAGUACUGGCCGGUAUAUUUUUUCUUUCUUAUUAACGCUAGUGUUUUGUUUUUGACGGGUUUUAAAUGUCAUCUCGCUGCAAGAAUGGAACUCACUCGUGAAAAUAUUCGUGCUAUGAUUUAUUAUGAUUUUCGGCGGACAGUGCAUAGAUCAACUAACUUGUAUGUAAUAGGCUGCAAACGAGCAGACGAGCCGCCUGAUGGGAAGCAGUCAUCGCCGCCCAUGGACAUAAGCAACAUCGGAGGAGCCACUUAUGCGUUGCCAUCCUUUGAGAACCCUAAAAACCUGCUUCUUGAAGAACCCCAUGUCAUAGGGCAAGGGAAACACCUCUGGGAAAAAACGAGCGAGAUGCCCGCUUGUUCUUGGUUUGCCACGUGUCGAGAAAGUGAGGAUGAACUUUGUUUCUUUGGCGGGAGGUGCGGUGAUAAAAACGUGACGGUGGCACCAAUUCAAAAAGUUCUUCAGAACAUUCCCCAUUGUACAGACGGUAGAACAGGCAUAGAGAGCCAACGUCUCUCCGAAGACUUGAGAGGUUCCAAACCGGC